CCAUCCAUAAUACGUGCCUACCAACAAGUGAAUAAAACCCCAAUUGGCCCUCCCAUCCUGCGCAAGCUUCCUUCACCUCUCCCGCACCGAUUCCCCAAGCUCUACCAUCUCCAACGCAUCACAGUCACCAUCAACCCAGUCCAGUUCAACAUGUCCAAGUCGAAAGCGCCCCUCAUCCUUGGCCUUGGUGCCGCCGGCGGUGUUGGCUACUACCUCUACAAUGCGGGCGGCAACGCGAAGGCUGCCGAGAACAAGUUCGAGAGCGAUGUCCACAAGGCGUCUGCCAACAUCAAGGCCAACCUCCCCGGCAGCGCUCCCAACGCGCAGAAGGAUGGCGCCCACUACGGUGCCAAGGCUGGCGCCAAGGUCGACGAGGUGAUCUCCGAGGCCGACAAGCAGGCUGGCCGCGCCAAGUCCAACGCCGAGGCCUACGCAAAGGACGCCAAGGCCGAGGCCCUCAAGGCUGUCGACAAGUUCGACUCCAAGGUCGAGAACGAGGCCGCCAAGGCCAAGUCUGGCAUCUCCAGCUGGUUCGGUGGCAGCAAGUAAGGGGAUUAAGCGAUGAUGGAGUCCCAACGGGUGGCCAAACAAUGAUGAUGAAUGGGCGUUUCCCUUUGUAAUGAUACAAUAAUGGCCCGCUGCGCUUGUUGGCGGCGGCGAAUAUAUACCCACUCUAAACUCUCAAACGCCAAU